AUGGUUUCCAAAGAUCAAAUUUCAAUCCGCAUCGUUUGCGUGGAUCAUUACAUGGGCAAACCUGAUCCGCAGUUUGAUACAUGUUACUCGGAGUUUCGCGGUUCGGAAGUAAAACAAGUACCGGUUAUUCGAUUGUUUGGUUCGAGCGCCAACGGAAGGCAUAGCUGCGUUCAUAUCCAUGGAGUCUUUCCAUACUUCUAUAUCCCGUAUAACGGAACAACGAGCGACAAGCUUGCGGUGGACAAGAAAAUCUAUCAGCUAGCAAUGGCUCUCGAUAAAGCUAUCAACAUUUCUCUAGGACAUUCCCAAUCCCAAACCAAACACAUCUUUAAAAUUGUACUAGUUAAAGGAAUGCCGAUUUAUGGUUAUCAUCUUAAUGAACACCACUACCUUAAGAUUUACAUGUAUAAUCCGCUGCUAAUACGAACUGCUACCCAGCUGUUGAUGAAUGGAACUAUCCUGUCGAUGCCCUAUCAAGUUCACGAAACACACAUUCCGUACAUUUUGCAGUUUUUCAUCGAUUACAAUCUAUAUGGCAUGAGCUUUUUGGUUUUGGAUACACGGCACUUGAAGCAAAGGAUGAAUGUUGCCGCGCAUGAGCCUGCAAAUGGCACUCCGAAAAUGUCAACAUCCGACUACGAAAUAGACGUACUGGCGUCGGACAUACUUAAUCGAGAACCAAAGGAAAGGCAUAAAUCUGUGGAAUUUGCGAAUCCAGGAAUUGCUUCGAUAUGGAAAGAUGAACAAACUAGACGGCAUUUGCUGGGUCUGGAGCAACCAGCUCAAAUGAAUCUUUCACAAAGCACAGGUCCGGUAAAGGAAGUAAUAACAGAGAGCGAUCGAUUCUACAGGGCACUUCUGUUGUCGAAAUUGUCGAAAAAACAAAAAUCUGAUGCAUCGACAGAAGAUCAAAGUGCAUCUCUACCUUCUGCUUAUCCAUCAGAGGCGGCUGCAGGAGAGAAACUCAUCGAUGCAUCAUACAUCGCAAAUCACCGGCAAGGUUCCAGCAAUGACAGUCUGUACGAUUCUCAAAUCAGCUAUUACUUUGAUUCUUCGACCGUAGUUGAUGAACAUAAGAUCGCUACAAUGUCACAAAAUCCAAAUGCAACUAUGGGUGAGGAAGACUAUGACAUUCUCGAAAUAAUGCGACAACUGGAAGAGCAAGAAACUAACAACUUCGAAAACGACUGCCUAUUGGCACCCCUCACACAGCAGCAUGAUUCUGCUCCUGGAAGUUUGAAUCUCUCGCAAGCAAACAAACUUUUAAGUGCAUCUAUGCGUGGAGACUUAAAUAUCGCAUCUCUUAACAUCACACAAAUUGAAAACCACGUUGAUACUCUAAACGAUUACCUUGAUUCGGACGAUGAAUUUAUGCUUGAUUUUACGCAGAAGCAAACUAAAGAAGUAAUUGAUGGCUUUAUGAAAGAUUUAGCACACCUUAAACACUAUUUUGACGAUAGUGGGGAUGAUCUCCUAUCUGGUGGGAGCAUCCCGCAACUGGAUGGUGGAGAUGACUCUUUGGUAUCGACGCCAUCGAAACGUAACCGAGAAAUCGAGGAAAAGGAAAAGCCGGAAGAUCCUACUAUGAAAAAGAUGCGCACUGAUCUUAGCCACCCCACAACUCGCAAAACCCUAACGCCACGCAGAGUCACAUUCGCUUUGUCGCCUACCGAAAAAAAUGAUGAUCGAACGAAGCGUGUACUGAAAGAAUUUGAGGCGUUGUCUCCGAAUUUAUUGAAAAAAAUGGAAAUCAGAGUUCCAAAAUUAGGAGUGAAUAAAAAAUCUAUCCUCUUCAGUCACAAAAAUCUAUUUACCCAGCAAAACAGCCCAGCUAAAAAUAUUCCGUUAAAAAAUCUCCAUAUACGCUUGACCAAGUUUGAUCAUACCGCAUAUGACUUACAUACAGCACCCACCGUCUUUAAAAUGACUGAUGCACCAUCCUAUGAUCGUUACCAGCUUGCUAGAGAUUACGAUUUGUUUCAUAACUACAAUCCAAUGGAAGGGCCUUCUAGGCCAAAAAAUAAGGACGUGCGUAAAAAAAUCCACCCAAAAUCGCAAACCGAACCCUCGGAAGCAAAACGUUUAAAACUAGAAGAAGUGCAAACGCGACAUCAAAUAGAAAUAUUACUCUCCGAAAGAUUUAAAAACAUUGUCCGCCUUUCACCGAAGGUGUUAAUUAAGCCCUUGUUAUUGAAUGAAAAGGCCGCCGUAAACUACGAACUGUCCCUUUCGGAUUACAUUGAGCAAUCUUCGGUAGAUUCUUCUGGUCAAGAACCGACUAAUAAUGGUAACUCGGAUUUGAUUACUUCGGAGGGUUUGCUAGCUACUACAACAAUUAACGAAGACUGUAAUCAAGGAUCAAUGACCGAUCCCGACAUAAUGGACGUGGAAUUUUCUUUGCCAACAAGCAGUGAUUCAUGUGAAACUGAAAUCUUAACACAAAGGCACGAGAAGACGUAUAUUAUUGAUGAUGAUUCUUCCGAUGACAAUCAUCGUAUCGCUAGUGAAAAAGAAAAUAAUGAUCAAGUUUCGAUCUCAGAUGAUGAUUCGGAUCACAGUAUUUGCCUGAGUGCUACGUUACUUAUCGAUGAAACAGCAACUAAAGAGCGGUUAGAAAAGAAAAGCGAUGGCAGUGAUGCUAUAAACAACUCGUCAACCAACAGUCAAUCUUUUGGAACAUUAAAAUCUACUGUACCUAUUGGUAUUCAGCUGGAUGGUGUUGGUGAAACGAGCGAUGAAAUUAGCAGUGAUGAACAGGAACCGGAAAAGCGAAUGAUUGAUGUAGAAGAAGAGGGCGUUGAAGAUGUUGACAGUCAGACACACAUUCAAAGUUUCUGUGAAAAAACAUUGGUAUGCGAGCGUGAUGUUAUUUUUUCCGAUACAGAUGAAAGUUGUAGCGAGUCUCGUAGUCCCGAAGCCGAGUGUCGUGACGAUGCGGACGAAUGCAUAAUGAUAUCUCUACAGAUAUCCGCACCAACACGUGAUGAAGCGCUACAGGCCAUAGAUUCUUUGGAAAUACCUGCCGUCGUGAAUAAAACCCCAUUCUACGGGAACCCAGCAGAUGUAACUGGGAAAAAAGAGGUUGGCCAUACAGUCCUACACAUCACGGGAAACAGUUUAAAUGAUGUGGAAGAAUUUACAAGCUCAAUUGCUGGUCUUGGUUCUCUAAAACAUCUGAGAUACAACAAUCUUCAGCGUACGUUUGGUGACAGCAUUGACGAAGUACUGGGAUCUGCGGGACCAAAAGGUUCCAGUUCAGAUAGAAUCAAAGAGUUACUAGCCUCAGAAGAUACAAUUGCGAUCACUCCAUCGGAUCUUCCACCGAAUCGCACCGAAGCCAAUUCCUGGCUUGAUAACAGAUAUCGGAAGUUUCCGGAAAAGCAACAAGAGCCGAUGGAAACCGAUAGCCCUAUUAAAGUGAGGACGGAGCAUACGAUUCUGUCCGUGAAUGAAGCCAUCGAAUCGAGUCAAUCAGGACCAUCGAAGAUUGAUACCGAAUCCUCGCUUAAUUUGAGCGUGUUGAUCGCGAGCGAGAAAAACGCUACGAUAACUAAUGGAAAUAGCACUACAAGCUUGGUCUCAAAAAUUAUGAGCCUGAACACCUAUGGUGUACCGGAAACUUCUCUUUUAAGUAACUAUAACUCGGGAGCAAUUGCCAACGAAAAGGAAUUAGGCGGCGAAAUGCAUGACAAAAACUCGUCCGAUUCGGUAACUCCAGAUGAAACCAACGACGAGCAGAGUGGAACCGAAUCGGAAGACAUCAUUGAAUGUUCACCUAUCGCAAAAAACUCAACAAAAGAUGUGACACACGAUCUUCCAACAGUUGAGCCAGUCGAAGAGGAACAUAACACUCAGAAUGUACAGACUGAAAAAAUUGCAUCGUCACAUGGUAUCGUGACUUCAGACCAAUCGGAUUUAAUCGAGCAAAGCAACUCUACAGUGGCAGAUAACACUCUUGGUUUCAAAGUAAACUAUGAAAAUCUGCAAGAUGCAAAAUCUAAAUGCGAGUACAACUAUCUCACUAUAUUAUCACUCGAGCUGCAUGUGAAGACUCGGGGUGAUUUGCUACCGAAUCCAAGCAUUGACCCAAUAACUACGAUCUUCUAUCGUAUUCAUAACGACGUCCCGCCCAAUCAUCCGAGAGCUUCAUCGAUAUGCGGGAUUAUAAUGAAUAAUGACCUAGGUGAAGUGAACAGUGGGAACGAAAAAGACGGCAAAAUAAGCUAUAAGUACAACCAGUCGGCGUACGAGGCAGACGUCGUUGUAGUGACUGGGGAGCGCGAACUGUACGAAAAGUUCUUGAUGCUCGUUUCUUUCUGGGAUCCGGACAUAUUCACCGGUUAUGAAAUCGAGAGCGUAUCUUGGGGCUACGUAAUCGAGCGGGGCUACGCGUUGGAAAUGAAUCUAUUGAAAAUGUUAUCGCGUGUUCCUACCGCUGGGAAAGUACAUGUUUCGGAAGAGGAACAACAGGAGCUGCUAGAGAUGCACGAUUACAGCGCUGGUCUGAAGAUUCCUGGUCGCAUUCUGUUAGACAUUUGGCGGCUGAUGCGUCACGAGAUUGCCUUAACUUCGUACACGUUCGAAAAUGUGGUGUAUCACAUUCUGCACCGACGAAUACCGAACCAUUCCUUCGAGCAUCUGACUCGUAUGUGGAAUAAAUCGUACAGCCGGUGGGUAGUGCUGGAGUACUAUCUUGAACGGGUGAACGGGAAUCUUGAAAUUCUCAACCAGCUCGACCUGAUCGAUCGCACUGCCGAACUAGCCAAGCUGUUUGGCAUACAGUUCUACGAGGUGCUAUCCCGCGGGUCACAGUUCCGUGUCGAAAGCAUGAUGUUACGGAUAGCAAAGCCCAGAAAUUUUGUCUCCGUGUCACCGAGCAUCCAACAGCGUGCCCAUAUGCGAGCGCCAGAAUAUUUGCCUUUGAUCAUGGAACCGAAUUCGCGCUUCUAUGCGGAUCCAAUCAUUGUGCUUGAUUUCCAGAGUCUCUAUCCAAGCGUGAUCAUUGCUUACAACUACUGCUUUUCUACCUGUUUAGGACGCAUCGAACAUCUUGGGGAGUCAACCAUGGAAUUUGAAUUUGGCGCAUCAAACCUUCGAGUUCCACCGAAGAUGGUAGCGGCACUGCUCGAAAAAAAUCUAGUGACUUUCUCCCCAUGUGGCGUGGCAUUUGUGAAGAAUAGUGUUCGCGAGGGUGUGUUACCGCGCAUGUUAAGUGAAAUCCUCAAUACCCGGCUAAUGGUUAAAAAAUCGAUGAAGCUUCAUAAAGACAACACCGUUUUGCAACGAGUACUCCAUUCGCGCCAGCUCGGCCUAAAGCUGAUAGCGAACGUCACGUACGGUUACACGGCAGCCAACUUCAGUGGAAGGAUGCCGUGUGUCGAGAUCGGGGACAGCGUUGUGGCUAAGGGUCGAGAAACUUUGGAACGAGCGAUCAAGCUGGUGGAGGAAACGGAACGUUGGGGAGCAAAGGUGGUUUAUGGCGAUACCGAUUCUCUGUUCGUGCUCUGCCCAGGUAGAACCAAAGAAGCUGCAUUCAAAAUAGGCGAAGAGAUUGCCGAAUCCGUCACCAAAGACAAUCCGCCACCAAUCAAGUUGAAGCUGGAAAAGGUGUACCUUCCUUCAAUAUUGCAAACUAAGAAACGCUACGUUGGAUAUAUGUAUGAAUCGGCUGACCAAGAGAAGCCCACGUACGAAGCAAAGGGCAUAGAAACCGUGAGACGAGAUGGUUGCCCGAUCGUUGCCAAAAUGCUCGAAAAGGUGCUGCGCAUUCUCUUCGAAACUUGCGACGUGUCGAAAGUGAAACACUACGUCUGCCGGCAGUUUACCAAGAUUCUGGAAGGACGAAUCAACCUGCAAGACUUUAUAUUCGCCAAAGAGUUCCGCGGGGAGGACGGCUACAAGGAAAACGCCUGUGUGCCAGCUCUAGAACUGACGAGAAAAUGGAAACAAACCGAUCCCCGCCGAGAACCGCGCAGGGGACAGAGAGUACCAUAUGUUAUCAUCAAUGGACCCCCGCUCGUGCCACUUAUUCGACUUGUACGAAGUCCCUAUGAGUUGCUUGCCAACGAAGGACUCAAAAUAAAUUCAAACUACUACAUCUCGAAGGCGAUCAUCCCCCCGCUGAACCGUUGCCUUUUGCUGAUUGGUGCUGACGUUAACCAGUGGUACAACGAUUUACCAAGAAAGACGCUAAUACUGCACAAUACCGGGGGCGAAGGUUUUUCCAGCAAAUUAGCAGCACCGGUCACACAACAAAAACACAAGAAAAGUACAAUCACGCAGUAUUUUUCAACAACAAACUGCAUCACAGACUGCGGAAAACAAACCCAACUGGGAAUCUGUGAAAACUGCCGAAAGCAGCCUCAGCGUGCGCUGGCAUACGUGAUGAGCAAUGUAAAUAAGUUGGAGCGAAAACUCGAAUUAACGAAAAAGAUGUGCGGAUCGUGCAGCCAGCGGACAUUCGAUACGGGAUGCAUUUCCUUGGAUUGUCCAGUAGUUUAUUCGCUAAACCGGUGCAUGUUGGAAUGCAAGCAGGCCCAAUAUUUUCGCGAUCUUGUUGAAGAGUUUUUCUAACAAUGUAUAGCCGUCAGGCAGCAAUCGAAUAACAUGCAAAGUAGUCAAUCGACUAUCAUUGUAUUUUAUGUUGUGCUUCAAAUAGAUCUAUGUUUGCUGUUCUUCGAUCAGAUGUUGAAAAUUUGCUGUUGUUUUCAAAA